AUGGAAACUCAUAACCCUCUCGAUAUCCUCAGAUCUCUGUUUGAACUUUUGAGUUUUGUGGAUUUCCAUCGAGCGAAGAUGGUUUGUUCCAGCUGGUAUUCUGUUUCGAAACAAACAGUUCCCCGGGAAAGCGGAUCUCCAUGGCUAUUGCUUUUUCCUGAAGACUGUACUGAUUGCGUGCUGUACAACCCAUACGAAGAAGUUAUGGUUUACAGGAGAGCAGCUGGGAUAGACUACUGUCCAGGUAGUCGAUUCCUGGCAAGCUGCGGUAAAUGGUUCCUGAUGCUAGAUUCUCGAUCCAGAUUAUAUAUUAUACAUGUGUUUAGUACUGGGAAUAGGAUUGAUCUUCCUCUGUUAGAGUCGCUCCUAUCAAACGACUCUGCUCUGAAGCGUAUGGAAGAUAGAGAUAGGGAGUUUGAAUGGGAAUUAACUAGUGGCUCUGUUUACUUAUUAUACGCUGAUGAAAUUAGGGGACGGUUUUACAAGAAAGGGAAUGCUCAUUACGAUCUCAUUCGGAUUACCUAUGGUAUCCCCAGGAUGUUAACUGGCCUACUACGUCUGGUUCUUCGGGGUUACCGUCUAUACAUUUUAACGACGCGUAGUUUCGUUCGAGUCAUAGAUUUUUCUAGGCAGCAAGGUUUCGAAGAACUCACGAGGAGUGACACUUACCCAUCCCCAGCGUUUGCUCCUCUUGGAUAUGAUUGUUAUUUUAGCAUCGCUGUUACUACAGCAGGAGAGGUUUUGUUGGUCACAAGGAGCACAACCUCUGAAAGUAGCGAAAGGGCCUUCCGCAUCUACAAGAUGGAUCCUAAUGCUGACCCAGACGACCACAUGCCUGAUCUUCUUGACGUAGAUUCUCUUGGUGAUGAAGCCCUGCUUCUCGACUUGGGUAUCACUGUGCCUGCUAACAAUACCCUUGGUAUCAAACAAAACUCCAUCUAUUUCACUCAUCAUAACCUUAUCUGUUCCAAGACCAACUGGAACAAAGUCGCCCAUGUCCUUCCCCCUAAUGAGGUAGACAUCUGUGUGUUCAAUCUUUCAACCAAGACCCUCGAGCCCUUCCCUGCUCCCUCCAGCAUGAGUCUCAAGGGUGCUCGGUGGAUUUUCUCCAUGAUUUGA